GUAUACACAGAUAAGCCAUAAAUAAUCGUGUAAAUUCAAGGUUACUCACGUACGAAUAUGUUAGUAUGAUUCACAGGAUAAUGGGACUGAGCUGAUCCUUCUGCUUUGAUCAAAGAUUGGCACAUAUAUUUAAUUGCUUGAGUGAAAAGUUCAAAUAUAGUCACAAUUAAGAUGAGAAACACUAAAUAGUGGAAAUAAUGGUUAAAAUUUCUAAUAAUUCCGUUCCAGAAGCUCAAUACGAACAAAACACCAUACCAAAGACGGUUUGGUUGUUUUGUUGUAUCCUUGCUUUAUUAGGUGUUAUAUGCCAGUCUAUAAGCAUAUACUUGCCAGACUGGAGAGAGGCUGUCCCAGUCAGUAAGUUCUCGUACGUAUGCAUUACACAUGAUCUCUCAGCUUACAACUAUAUGCACAAGGGAAGUAGACGUCAACACAUCGUACAAGAAACCAGAUAUGGGCUCUUGCAUGUAGUAUAUGACAAUAAUGCAAUUAAACAAACAUGGUCAGAAAGAGUAAAUCACAUAAAGACAAAAGGAUACUUGGCUAUACAAAAUUCAGCUCAAAAUCAGAAGGGAAAUUUUAACAAUUUAUUUGUUAAUGAAUGUCCACCAGCAUGCCGUGAAGCCAUCUCCUCCAGGAUUAGGUCAUAUGAGAACAUACUAGGAUACAACAAUUUGCUGAUGAUGUCGCUAACAUUCAACUGUGUGUUGGCAACGCUAGGGGUAGCGUGGUACGUAUUCUUCGGAACAAGUAUUGCUAUCAUUGCGGGGACAUGGCUCGUAUCUGGAGUAAUAACACUUCUUAGUACAGUAGUAUGGGAUAGGUUCACCCACGAAAUGUGGAAAAUCGCAUGCAGGCAACAAAUGAUUCCAUUUCCCUAUCUGUCGUAUUGUUACAAGAUCACACUGAUAGGAGCCACGCUCAUUGUUGCAAGUGCGAUCACGUUAAUUUUCUCGAACAGCAUAUACUCUUGGCGAAGGAGGCGAAAGAUGGAAGCGUCGCUAAACGAACAUCUGAAAGAGAAGAAUGCAUCAGAAUUCCCAAACAAUGACUUUAUGUCAUUCCCAAACUUAGCUCCCAUGAUGCAAAUGACUCAGCAACCAGGUUUUAACCCGAGUUCACUAUUCAAUGAUAUCGGAUUUGGUCAAAAUCAAAAUGUGCAACUAGGACCAAACACUAGUGCCCCAAAUACACCUUCAAUGUGGGCACGUAACUUCCAGUUUUGA